UUCCAAAUAUUUGAACAGCAAGCGCAGAGAGGAAGGGGGGCCGGAGAGCGGAGAGGGAAGCGAGAGAGGCGUAGUUGAGCAAGUGAGCUAACAAGCUAUAGCCAGCCAGUGAGGCCGAGGGGGACAGUUUAGAGGUGACAGCGGAGAAUGGGGAGGACUCUGCACGCUCGGCGAGUUUUGUCCGCAGAAAGGGUGCUCAAACUCGGUCUCUACCAAUCUGAGAGCGUGUGCUGAAACUGGAGAAACACCGGGUGGAAAGGAAGGAAUGGCUGAUCCUCUGCGGAGGAAUUUACUAGCAAAACUUCGGGGGAAGAAAUCUAAGAAAGGGACGCCGGCUGGUGGAUACAGCGCUGCGACUAAUGGGGGCAGAGAAGGUAAAGGAAAAGUUUCUCAAAACCCAGACGGUCAAACUCAUCCAGUAGUAAUGUUCGCAGAGUUGCAUUGUCUGACAGACAACAUCAUGAGAGGUAACGAGAGUUAUGUGAACGGGAUUGUAGAAAACAAGGUUGGAUUAGAUCGGGAGCAGAGCACGGUAGGAGUUGUUGAGACGAGUGCGUUUCCCCAGCAGGACGAGGCUUCAGCUACCAUGCACAUAAACACUAGCCGGGGGCCGGGGGACAAUCAGGGCAGCGGGUGCUCUGGGUUUAGGGGUCGAGUAAAUGAGGAACUCUUGGGGGUCUCACUUCAAAGAGCAACUCAGUAUGGGGGGAAAGAUAGAGACGAGAUGAUCAGAAUCCAUAAACAAGGGCCCGGCUACUUCUCGGGACAAGUACAACAAGGACACAUAGGGAGACCGAACGAACAGAGAAAACACUUUGUCCCCAUUCCGCGACAGUAUAGCGCAGGGGAUUCAAUAGGGUUUGGGAGCAGUAGUCCUAAUAAUCACAUUAUAUACCACAGAAGGCCUGAUGGGGUAGUUAAAGUGACAAAUGGCCACUAUCCUGCUUCAAAGAGUAAUGAAACAAAUGUCUACUUUGACAAAGACCUAAAGACUCGAGUAAGCCACGGGAAGGUAGACGACUCCUGCCAUCAAACUGUGUACAACUACAAGGAAGACAACGGGCAGAGGUCUAUAAAUGAUUUUAAAGGGAAGGUAAACGUGCAUCCUGGCCACAACCAAAUAUUGAAAACAAAUGUUACAACUAACGGGACGCAAAUGUAUCCGCCGGGUAUCCCGUGUGCGCAUCAUCUGGACAGUAAUUACACCGAGGAAAACAUUGUGAUUAGAAACAUCGAGAGUUACGGGAGCUCGCCUGAAUUUACAGGGGACAACAUUAGGGUGACACAUUUGCAGAGCCCGACAAUUUUCCCCAUUGAAUUGGAGAUAUGCGACGUUAACGUGGCCUCCCAUUUCAUAUGCGCCAGAGAAGGAACACUCAGACACUACUCUCUAGAUAGCGAGGAUGAUGAUUAUUAUGAUAAUGUAAUUCUCCCCUUUUAUGUAUCGGAGUCAUUAGGUCCAAAUGAUAGAAAAAGCUCUGAUAAAGUAGAAGCUAUAGAGUCGGGAAAAGAUGUUCCAAAAGGACAUGUCAUUAGUGACAGUGUGCAGGAGACAGACAGACUACAGAGCCAGUUAAAAGAGGCAUAUUACCUUCUUAUAAACACCAUGCAUGAUAUUAGUUUUGAUGGUCAGGUCAGUGUCAACGGUUUUAUAGAUCAGGCGAGCUCCUCCAGUCACUCUCAGGACAGUGUGUGUUCGCGGUUGUCCAUCAAGCAUGUGGACAGUGACGCUUGGUCGUCAGGAGAGCACAGUGCCCAACAGGUGUCUGACACAGACUCCAUCCUGUUGUGCCUGCUGAAUGAAAACUGUGAUCCGUGUCUCAAAAAUAAUUUCAUUAGCAAGAGUCUCAUGAACCUAUCUGCUAGCAGGAUUGGGCCUCACUUACUGCGUUCCACUAGUGACAGAGCUAUCAAAUACCCCAGUGGUGUGCACAAUGCGCCCUGCAUCCAGGCCCUCGGUUCCCAAAGCCCUGCUGUUGUUGGGGCCUGUGAGGAUGGGGAUGGAGCAAGUAGGCCACAGGCUGUUGGAGCCUCUGACCCGUUUGAGAAACAGGCCUGCUACGAUGGUGGCACGAGCAGCGACGACCUGCUUCAAGACACCGGUGACGACUUCAAGUUGAACGAGAGUAGUGGCUCGGUCAACAGCCUCACCGGGUCAUCUGACAACGCAUACACCCAGCAGGGUGGUAAAAGCAAGCGAGAUGGAGAGAUGAGCGCAUGGGACCGGGGAGGCUCUGCCAAGCCCCAUGGUGUCACCGUCAACAAGAUGCAGGAGUGGAUGCACAAAGGCCGUCUGUUGUCUUCGGAGAUGAAGCAGCGCAUUGCAGGCUCCAUGCCCCGAACCCAUGGCACCCACGGUGGCCUGGAUAGUGCACCAUGGCCCAGCCAGGGCCAGGCCAGCUCAGUUCCAGGUGGAUCUAAACCAGCAGCCCUGACGACCAGAGUUCACAGGGCCAUACCCGCCGCUGUGGUCCCAUGCCAGAGCCAGGCAGUGCAUCAGUCAGCUCUGAUAGAGAAUGUCCACUCCUUCUACUCCAAUGGCCGCGAGGUUGGCGAGGGCAAGGCCAGCGAGCUGUCACUAUGGAGACCCCCACUCAACACCAUCACUGUCUCCAAGAAACGCAACUGGCUCCAGCAGAGCUCCGGGAGGCCGCAUCACACCACCCAGGACGACUCCCAGUGCAUUCUGGGAGCAGAAGAGGACAAUGGACAUGGACACGCACCCCGACCCCCUCCUAGCCCCUUCCCGGAGUACCUAAAACCCCCCGGACCGCCGCCCUCCCGGCCCCUCCGCCUGCACCAACCCCAGGUGAGCAUGUGCCACGCCCGCGUUGGGCCCCAGCCCAGGGGUGUGGACCCGGCCGAGGAGAAUGAUGCGGACGACGAGGGGGAGAUCUGGUACAACCCCAUCCCUGAGGACGAAGAACCAGAGCUGCCUCACAUUUACAGACCCGCCGCCACCCCCCAGGUCAGACUGAUGGUCCCUACACGGCCUCAGGAGCCCCAGGCACCCCAGACCCAGAGGAGGCCCAGCCGGGGAGGGGGGGCCGGGCGGGCCCUGGAGGGCUGCAGCCCAGACCUGGAGGGUGUGGGGGAGAGCCUGGGUGGUGGAGGUGGAGAGGGGAGUCAGCAGGGGAAUGCUGUACAUUCCAUGGAGCCGUCAGUACAGCUGCACAGACAGAUGCUGCUCACGUGCAAACCUCAGGAGGAGGGGCCAUCCAGUUCCAGCAGAGCCACAGCUACAGCAGAAGGCCCUGACCUAGCCACCCCCGGCUUCUCGCCUCCCUCCAGCCCCAACCCUGCUAAGAAGGGAAGCUCCCUCAACUGGUCGUUCCCAGACAAGAUCAAGUCCCCGCGCACCGUCAGGAAACUCUCCAUGAAGAUGAAGAAGCUUCCGGAACUCAGCCGCAAGCUCAGCGUCAAAGGGAUCCCUAGCAACAACAACAACACCAGUGGUAACGGAGCCAGCGCGAGUAGCCAAUCAGAGACAAGGACCCAUUGUCCCAAAACAAAUAGCGGGACAGAACCAGGCUCGGCUCCUCCCAGGUUGUCCCCAGGGGGCGGGCAGGGGGUGGCUGCCAGCCGUAAUGUGAUCUCAAGAUAUCACCUGGACAGCAGUGUGUCGACGCAGCAAAGUUACAGCAAGAAGAAGAGCAGCGGGACCUCCAAGUCGGCUAGCAAGGGGGGCUACCUCAGUGACGGGGACUCCCCAGAACUGGUGGCCAAGUCUGGGAAGCACAGGUCCUCAGAGGGCAAGGGAGGCAAGGUGAAGGAGAAAGAGAAAGACCCUGCCACUGGAGGAGGAGAGAGAACAGGAGCAGGAGGAGUAACAGGGGGAGGUGGCAGCUCCAAGCUGCACGGCACAGAAUUAGACAUUGACGCGUUCCGCCACUACGCCUUCACAGAACAGCCCAAGUGCACCCAGUACAUCUCAGGCCUGAUGAGCCUGCACUUCUACGGCGCUGAGGACCUCAAACCGUCACGCGUCGACUCCCGAGACGUCUACUGCGCCAUCCAGGUGGACUCGGUCAACAAGGCGCGCACUGCCCUGCUCACCUGCCGGACCACCUUCUUAGACAUGGACCACACCUUCAACAUCGAGCUGGAGAACGCCCAGCACCUGAAGCUAGUGGUGUUCAGCUGGGACCCCACACCCAAGAAGAACCGGGUGUGCUGUCACGGCACUGUGGUGUUACCGGCUCUCUUCAGGGUGACCAGGAGUCAUCAGCUGGCCGUGAAGCUGGAGCCACGAGGCCUGAUCUACGUGAAGCUGAACCUGAUGGAGCAGUGGCAGAAUUCCCUGGACGGAGGCUACGAUGGGGACCGGGAGCGACAGAUGUUUGGGGUGGAGGCCUGGAGGGUGGUGGAAAGGGAGAACACCGGACUCAUGGUGCCCCUGCUCAUCGAGAAGUGCAUCACGGAGAUUGAGAAGAGAGGCUGCCAGGUUGUGGGCCUCUACCGUCUAUGUGGUUCAGCGGCAGUAAAGAAGGAGCUUCGGGAGGCCUUUGAGAGGGACAGCCUGGGAGUGGAGCUCUGUGAAAACACCUACCCUGACAUCAACGUCAUCACAGGUGUGCUGAAGGACUACCUGCGUGAGUUGCCCUACCCCCUCAUCACUAAGCACCUGUAUGAGGCUGUGUUAGACUCCAUGGCUAAGAGGCCUCUGCGUAUUGGAGCAGGAGGAUGUGAGAACGACCUGGCAGACACGGAACAGACUGUCAGCCUGCUGGAGAACCUGCCAGAGGUGGAGAGGUUGACCCUGCAGAGGCUGCUGGACCACCUGAAGCUGGUGGCGUCGCACCACGAGGUCAACAAGAUGACGUGUCAGAACCUGGCGGUGUGCUUCGGCCCCGUGCUGCUCAGCCAACGCCAGGAGGCCAGCUGCCAUAGCAACCGCGUCUUCAUCGACUCAGAAGAGCUGGCCAGUGCCCUGCACUUUAAGAAGCACAUCGAGGUGCUGCACUACCUUCUGCAGCUAUGGCCAGUGGUGGACCCACAUGGCAAGACCUCGUCCCCCAUCCUGGAGCAUCCCGGCCCAGCCGACCAGCCUGCCGCUCCACCCCUGCGUCGGAGGAAGGAGCGCCCCCAGGUGCUGAACUUGAGCGAUGCAGAGAUGGCCGGGGUGCUGCGGCCCAGGCCGGGCCGACUGGACAGCCCUAGCAACCGUUACGCCGGGGACUGGAGCCGCUGUGGAGAGCACUACUUCCCCCCUCCUCUGCCCCAGGAGGAGAAUGACUAUGAUGAUGUUCCUUCUGAGGAUAUGGAGGUCACUGAGGAGGGACAGGAAGGAGAGGACAGGGGGCAAGAGUGGGGAGAGGAGCUGAGACAGGAAGGAUUACUGGACAGGGGACAGAAGGAAGGACAGGCAGAGCCACCCACAGCAGAACAUGAGGUGAUGGAGGGACCUGUAGAGAAGGAGGAAGAGGAGAGAGAAGCAGAGAAGGAGAGAGUGGAGGAGAGAGAAGCAGAGGAGGAGAGAGUGGAGGAGAGCGAUGUCUCCAGUGGCGGUCAGCCGUCAGACGACAGAGUGUGUGCUGACGAUGAUGAUGAUGAUGAUGAUGAUGAGAGCAUCCUGCCCCUCCACCUCCCCAAAGAGCACACAUACCAGGCUUACAUGAAGAUCCAGGACAUCAGCCCUGUUCUCAGCAACAGGGUCAACCUGCGAGACCUGCAGGAGAGCAUCGACACGCUCAUAGGCAACCUGGAGAGAGAGCUCAACAAGAACAAUCUCAAAGUUGGCUACUGACUCAACACAUACUCAGCCCAACAGGCUACUGACUCAAACACACAGCCCAACAGGCUACUGACUCAAACACACACACAGCCCAACAGGCUACUGACUCAAACACACAUUCAGCCCAACAGGCUACUGACUCAAACACACACACAGCCCAACAGGCUACUGACUCAAACACACACACAGCCCAACAGGCUACUGACUCAAACACACAUUCAGCCCAACAGGCUACUGACUCAAAUACACACACAGCCCAACAGGCUACUGACUCAAACACACACACAGCCCAACAGGCUACUGACUCAACACACACUCAGCCCAACAGGCUACUGACUCAACACACACUCAGCCCAACAGGCUACUGACUCAAACACACAGCCCCUAAUGAUGGGAAAGGCUUAACUAAUUCUAGGGGCUCGAGAAUGGUGAGUUGUUGGGGUUCAGGAAUUGGGCCCAGGGUCGCCGUGGUGACACAGUUAAGACGACUCAGUGGCACGUGCACCAGUGUCGUGUCUUGCGCUCCUGCAGAACUCUGGUGUUUAGAACUCUGGUGCGUGAUUGGCUGGACACUUAAUUUAGCACCUACCCACAAGACAUUAUUUGAUGUUUCAUUAAUGUUUUGCUUUUGUUGACUUGUUUUUACAUGUCGUUCAUGUUCUGUUGUUGUUGUUGAUGUUGCUUCUCUUCUUAUUAGAAGAACCCAUUGACCCCCAGGGGUGUAAACGGUGCCUUAAUUGUGUGAAGGUGGGACGUUAAGGCAGGGGAGAGCUUUUCUAUUGAGGUACGAAACAUUAUGACGUACAACAAUGCACUUAUGAGGCAGGCUUUAGUGUAUAGAAUAUGUCAUUUAGGUAUAUGGUACAUGCAGUAUAGCUGGCUAUGGACUGGGAGGAGAAUGAGGGAGGGGGCUAGCCCACUGAACCCUCCUCCUCCUCGGGUACGAGUACAAACGUAUCGUACAGUCACAUAUAUAUCUGCUCCAAUACCAUGAAGAAACACAUAAAUGAGGAGAUAAUGGGUGAUAAGUGUUUCUCUCUAGUUGCUAGAACAGAGUAGCUAAUCUAAAGCAAAAAACUGAGAUAGAAAAAAAAGUUAUGUGAUGUCAUGUAUUUGAAAAAUCAAUAAGUGAAUAUUACAUUGGUGAAAACCAUUAUCUGUUUUUCUUUUACCCCUUCUUCCCCAACCUCCCACAUGAUCUAGACCAGGGUUUCCCAAACCUCCUCCCUUGUACUUGAUUGAUUAAUUAAGGUAAUGAAUUAGUAAGGAACUCCC